AUGGGGAGUGGAGCAAGUGCCGAAGAUAAGGAGAUGGCCAAGAGGUCCAAGGAGCUGGAGAAGAAGCUACAGGAAGAUGCAGACAGGGAGGCAAAGACGGUCAAGCUGCUCCUGCUAGGUGCUGGGGAGUCAGGCAAGAGCACAAUUGUCAAGCAGAUGAAGAUUAUCCAUCAGGACGGUUACUCGCCAGAGGAGUGCAUGGAGUUCAAGGCAGUCAUCUACGGCAACAUACUGCAGUCCAUCCUGGCCAUCAUCCGGGCUAUGACCACCCUGGGGAUAGAUUACAGUGAAAGUGGGCGAGCGGACGAUGGGCGCCUGCUGUUCAACUUGGCAGACUCCAUUGAGGAGGGGACCAUGCCCCAGGAGCUGGUGGACUGUAUAAAGAGGCUGUGGAACGAUGCGGGAGUGCAGGCCUGUGUCGAGAGAGCCUCUGAGUACCAGCUCAAUGAUUCUGCUUCAUACUACCUGAGCCAGAUGGAAAGGAUUACAGCUCCUGGCUACCUCCCCACCGAACAGGACGUGUUACGGUCCCGAGUGAAGACCACCGGCAUCAUAGAGACCAAGUUCUCCGUCAAAGAUCUAAACUUCAGGAUGUUUGAUGUGGGAGGACAGAGGUCAGAGCGCAAAAAGUGGAUCCACUGCUUUGAAGGUGUGACCUGCAUCAUCUUCUGCGGAGCUCUCAGCGCCUAUGACAUGGUGCUGGUGGAGGAUGAUGAAGUGAACCGCAUGCAUGAAUCCCUACAUCUGUUCAACAGUAUUUGCAACCACAAGUUCUUCGCUACCACUUCUAUUAUUUUGUUCCUUAACAAGAAGGACCUCUUUGAGGAAAAGAUCAAGAAAGUACAUCUCAGCAUCUGCUUUCCAGACUAUGAUGGUCCCAACACAUAUGAUGAUGCAGGAAAUUACAUCAAGAUUCAGUUUCUUGAUUUGAACAUGCGAAGAGAUGUGAAGGAAGUCUACAGCCAUAUGACCUGUGCCACAGACACGCAGAACGUCAAAUUUGUGUUUGACGCAGUCACGGAUGUCAUUAUCAAGGAAAAUCUCAAAGAUUGCGGUCUCUUCUAAAUCAGCUUUGCAGCAAAGAAAAUGACUUCUAUAUAGCAUCAUUGUUCUGCUGAGCAGAGCCAGAGGAGUGAGCAAAAGCUACUUAGGGCAAAAUUUUUCUAAGACCUACCCAGCAAGCGAAGCGCACACACUUCAAAGAACAAGUCCUGCGAGGAAAGGCACAGCUAAACUUCCUACCACCCAGCUGUCUGCCAUGGUAAUUUCCUCCUUUAUUAUUAUUUUUAAAUACUCUCUCUUCAGUUUGCACACUUUAAAGAUAACAGCCCACAGCAAUCCAGUGUGAUCUGAUACUCGACAGCAGUUUUUGGCACAUCAAAUGGGGAAGAGAUACCAGAACAUCACAUGUCUACACAGCUGCAUCUAAAAAGGCACUGCAGACCUAACAUGAGAAAAAAGUGAAACUGAUCCUUUGGUGGAAUCCCAGAGAAAUCCCUCACCUAUAAGAUGGGGGAAGCCAUUAAAAAAAAUUUGUGAGUGAUCUGACCUAAAAGUAAUUCCUGAAUGUGGAGAUCGGAAUCCAUUUACGUUCAAGAUAAUUAACGUCUUUCCUUAUGCGUUAAAGAGCAACAAGUUUACCAGUUGUAAAUAAGUCCCAAUAGUCAUUUGAAAUGUUCAAACCUUCCACUGGAGAAAGUUAAUGUGCAGAUCCCUGAACCUGGUGGAAUUUAUCCCCACAGCCUUAAGGAGCUGAUUGACUGCUUCUACUAUCCAACUUUCUCUAUGUACAAAUAGCCUGGAACCUUGACCCAUUUCACUCCCAACCCUUCCAAACUCAAACAGGCUUGCCCAUAUAGCCUAGCAAUACUUAUCCUCUCACUGCUACAUCUGCUCUUUGCUUCAGAGACUGUUGCUCAUGAUGCCUCACUGAUCUCUAGCCUAGAAGAUCAGAAGAACUUUUAAGAAAUAGUAUUGGAUUUAUUAGGAUUUAAGGAAACAUUUCACAGCGAGAAAUCAGAAGGAACAGGCUGGAGGCCGGAGACAAAAAAAUAGUUACAGUACUUGAAACGAUUCUCAUUCUGCUAUUUAAAGUGGUCUGCUCUUUAUCGUAUGUAAAUAAGUCUAUGCUAUCACUGUAGACAAAGCCUUGUAUCGUCUCAAUGUACAUUGCAGAAGUCAUGUACGGAGCUUCACUUAGAAACUGUAGCAAAGCCAAAAUAAAAAGAAAUGUGCAUGAAAUGAAUGGCUUAUUUGUUCUGCUUUAACACUUCAUUUCUUAAAGCGUUUCCUUCCUGUGUCAUUCUUGACUCCCAAAACCUAAGGGCAAG